GGCAGGGCGGCCCCUUCACGCUCUGCGGCUCGGCUGCAGCUCUCCCGUGCUCCUGCAGGCGGCAGUGCAGCGGGGGCUUCUGUCCAUGGUGCUGAAGAUUCGGGCUGGCUCUGUCCGAGGUGCUGAACAGCUCAAGGGGGUUGCUGGGCUCAGUCCGAGGUUGCUGUCACACCGAUCCAGUUCCUCCUCCUGCUGCUGCUGCUGUGUUCCCGGUGCACAAUUGUGGCGGUGUUGUGUUACGGUGAACGGUCUGUCUGCCUGCCUGGAGAUGUCGGAGCGGAGGGGGAGGGGAGGGCAGUAAGAACAUGAGUUCAGAGUUCAGACAGUGAGCCAACUGUGGACCAGGUGGACCAGGAUCCAGAGGCAAUUAACAACCAGAGAGCACCCAGCAUCAAAAUGAGCCAAGACACUACAGAGACACGAACACGAACCCGCUCCAAAGGCAUCCGGGUGUCAACAGAACUUGCGGGACAAGAGAUGAAGCAGGAAUUAAGCAGCUGUCCCACCCCUGGAUGUGAUGGCAAAGGUCAUGUCAGUGGAAGAUACUCACGACAUAGAAGCGUACUGGGAUGUCCGAUUGUGAAGAAAAGGAAGCUGGAGGAGGCUGAGUCCGAGGAGAACCAGUCAGCUCCCAAGAGAAGGAACCAGCCAGCCAAACAGUCAGCAGAUGAAGGUUUUGCCGCAGACAGUGACGCAGCAGAGGAGGAGGAAGAGGAGGAAGAGGAGGAGGAGGAAGAAGACCUCAAAGAGAAGAAGAAAAACAAAACAAAAAAUAGACAGGAGGCAAUAAAACCAGACUGCUCUCUGGUGGCAACAGAGGACCCAGAAACGUCCAUUUGUCCUGUGGCUGAAGACGUCAAGAACGAAAGCAUCAUCACCUCGGAGACCGAGCACGAGUGUGAAAGUGAGAAAAGUGAGGAAGUGAAGCCGGAAGUACUCAGCGAUGAUCAUCAGCGAGAGGAAACGGAGACAAAAGACGAGGAAGAAGGUCAGCUGGUGGCAAAGGAUGAGUCAUCUGAGCAACCUGAAGGAGAAACAGAGGUGGUCACGGAGCUUAAAGAGACAAAGGGAGAGGAGGAAGAGGAAGCAGAGGAAGAAGAAAAGGAGGAGGGAGAGCAGCAAGAGAAUAUAGUACAAGAGAGGGAUGUCGAAAGACAGACAAUAAGUCAGGAAAACUCUGAUCACCUGUACUCCAGUGGAGAUUACAACCAUCAGGCCAAAGAAUCAACAGAGGAGCAGAGUAAGAGGGAGGAACGGGAGGAAGAGGAGGAGGAGGAGGAGGAAGAGGAGGAAGAGGAAGAGGAGGAGGAGGAAGAAGAUGAGGGAGAAGAGAGGGAGGUCCACCAAGAGAUUGACACUCUGUACACUUUGAGUCCACGCACUCAGGGAUCUGAAGCUGAGGUGUCACUCAGGGAAGAAAAGGUGAGCACCCCCAUGACUGAGGAAGACAAUGAAGAACAGGACGAGGAGCGAGAGGAAGAGGAGGAGGAGGAGGAGGACAAGAGGCAGGGGAAAGAAGCAGGCGAGGUGGUGGUGGAGGAGGAAGAGGAGGACCGAGACUCCAGUAAAGCCUCUCCGACUACAGUAGUUAUAGAAGUGCGGUCUGAGGAGGAUGAUGACGAAGAUGAGGAGGAGGAGGAGGAAGAAGAGGAGGAAGAGGAGGAGGAGGACGAAGAGGACGAGGAGGAGGAUGAGGAGGAGGAGGAGGAGGAUGUGGAGGAGCAGGACAGAGUGUCAGAGGGCUCAGGAAUCACUGAUGACUCAGAGAACUGGGAUAUGACUCGGGGGAACCUGGGGCUGCUGGAGCAGGCCAUCGCCCUGAAGGCAGAGGAGGUGCAAGGGGGUCAGGAGGCCCAGAGCUCCCCAGACUAUCAUCCAUACAGCACCUCCAGCAAGAGCUCUGAGCCUGCUGCUGCAGCCCGCCGCACCGGUCACUACAGCAAAGAGAAGAAGGAAGUGAAGUGUCCAACCCCUGGCUGUGAUGGGACAGGUCAUGUGACUGGGCUGUACCCUCACCAUCGCAGUCUGUCUGGAUGUCCUCACAAAGACAGAAUCCCUCCAGAGAUCCUGGCCAUGCAUGAGAACGUCUUGAAGUGUCCGACUCCUGGCUGCACAGGCCAAGGCCAUGUCAACAGUAACCGCAACACACACCGAAGUCUGUCCGGCUGCCCCAUUGCAGCUGCAGCUAAGCUGAACAAAAGCCAAGACAAGCAGGUUCAUUUACAGGCUUCAUCCAGCGAAUCCUCUUCCAACUCUGACAGAGUGCUCAGGCCCAUGUGUUUUGUGAAACAGCUGGAGAUCCCUCAGUAUGGCAGCUUCCGUCCCAACACAGUGACCACCACGCCUCGAGCUAACCUGGCCAAGGAGCUGGAGAAAUACUCCAAGGUGUCUUUUGACUAUGCAAGCUUUGAUGUCCAGGUGUUUGGAAAGCGUAUGCUCAUUCCAAAGACACCCAGCAGCACUGAAACAUCACCUAAAGCCUUCAAAUCUAAAUCAUUCCCUAAGGCCUCCUCCCCCAGUCACAGUGUGUCAGGAGGCUUUUCCAAGAGCGCGUCGUCCUCCAGUGGUUAUGAUUACAGCCAAGAUGCAGAGGCAGCUCACAUGGCCGCGACAGCCAUCCUCAACCUGUCUACCCGCUGCUGGGAGAGACCAGAGACCAUCAGCACCAAGCCCAGGGAAGCCUGUACCAAGGAGUCAGACAUUGAAGUUGAUGAGAACGGCACCUUGGAUCUCAGCAUGAAGAAGACCAAGAGGGAGGGCAUGCCGCCUCCAGAGGCUUCAUCCUCCUCGUCUUCAUCUUCUCAACAAAUCGGAGCCACCUUGUCUCAGGGCCACACUCAAUCCGAGUGGGAGGGGCCGCUGGACUUCACCAAACCGAGUGGAGUCAAAGAGGAAGACCACGAGGAGGUGGAGUACACAGCUCCCUCAUACACCUCAUCUGAUGGUGAGGAAGAGGACCAGGAGAACCUGGAGGACAGGAAGUACCCUGGUGAGGUCACCACCAGCAGCUUCAAGGUCAAGUUUCAGCCCAAAGACAGCAAAAAAGAGAUUCUUGUAUGUCCCACCCCGGGAUGUGAUGGCAGUGGACACAUCACUGGCAACUACGCAUCACAUCGAAGUCUGUCAGGCUGUCCUCUUGCUGAUAAAUCACUUCGGACCCUCAUGGCUGCCCACACAGCUGAACUAAAGUGUCCAACUCCGGGUUGUGAUGGAUCAGGCCACAUCACUGGAAACUACGCUUCACAUAGAAGUCUGUCUGGAUGCCCUCGAGCCAAGAAAGGUGGGGUCAAAUCAACCCCCACCAAGGAUGACAAGGAAGACUCUGAGCUGUUGAGGUGUCCAGUUCCUGGCUGUGACAGUCUAGGCCACAUCAGUGGGAAGUAUGCCACCCACCGUAGUGCCUACGGCUGUCCCCUGGCAGCACGCCGGCAGAAGGAAGGUCUUCUUAAUGGAACUCCCUUCUCCUGGAAAGCCUUCAAGACUGAGGGCCCGACCUGCCCAACGCCAGGCUGUGACGGCUCAGGACACGCAAACGGCAGUUUCCUGACACACCGAAGUCUGUCAGGUUGUCCUCGAGCAUCUGCAAAUAAAAAGAGAGCCAAGUUCCCCGGAGAUGAGUAUAUCACUGCAAAGUUCAGAGCCAGUGACGUUCUGGACAACGAUGAGGACAUCAAGCAGCUCAACAAGGAGAUCAACGAGCUGAGCGAGUCCAACUCAGAGAUGGAGGCGGACAUGAUGAACCUGCACACUCAGAUAUCUUCAAUGGAGAAGAACCUGAAGAACAUGGAGGAGGAGAAUAAACAGAUCGAGGAGAGGAAUGAGGCCCUGUUCCUGGAGCUAUCUGGCCUGAGUCAGGCCCUGAUCCGCAGCCUUGCCAACAUCCGCCUACCCACCAUGCAGGAGCCACUCUCAGAACAGAACUUUGACAGCUAUGUAGAAACCCUGACCCACAUGUUUACCAAUAAAGACUGCUACCAGAACCCUGAGAACCGGGCUCUGCUCGAGUCCAUCAACCAGGCAGUGAAGGGCAUCGAGGUGUGACGGACAGAAGGAAGACAGGAGCGGGGCAUCACAGUGACAACACCAAUCUUUCUUUCCAAACCCUUUAGAUACUGUAUGUAAUUAAUUCUUCUCAUUUGGGACUUUGUCAUCUGUUCUUUGCAUUUGUUUGCUGUUUGCAUGUUGCUUUUAUGAUGGUAUGAGUGUGAACAGAUUAGGGUGUGGAUGUAAAGUGUGUUGUAGCACACUGGAAUCAAACUGUUACUGUAAGCAAAGGCAUCUCAUAGUAUACACAGACAGGCACAGAGCGUGCAGAACAAAGUCAGGAGUUCAUAUAAACAGCCUGAGCUGAGCUGAGUCUUAGUUAGUGAGCAUACCCCUCCCACCUCCACUCAAUAAUGUUGAUAGUAUUCUAUAUGAGCAUAGUGAUGUUGCACCUCCAGGACUAGUUUGUAGCUUCAUUCUUACUAUUGCUGUGUAACUAUUUAAGUCCUUUGCAAAUGUUGGUUUAAUAACUUAUUUAUUCAUGUCUGCUGUAUUUCUUUGGCCUAUUUAUGAUUCAUUAUCUAUUUAUUAACUUUUUUUUUAUUAUUAUUUCAAAAUGCUACCUGAGAAGAUUUUAAAUGGUUACCGAGAGAAAGGAAUCAUUUCCUCUGCAUUGUUGAACAAAGAGGAAAUAUUUUAAGAUAUCAACUAUGAAUUGUUUUAUAUAUCUUAUUAUUUAUUUAAAAUACUGGGAUCUUUUUAAGUGCAAAUAUUUUGUAACUGAAAGUUUUUUAAUAAUUUUCUAAAGAUUUUUUUUGGUGCUUCUGUUUAUAUGAUUUUCCUUUUUAUUCUCACAAACUAUUUUGAGUACAUUGCAAUACACUGGGAAUAUUGAGCUGCAC